AUGGAAGGUGAACAAGAGGUAGAUGCAGAGGAUGGAGCAGAGUUGGACAUGACCAAUGCAAUUGAUGCACUGUGUAAAAGGUUUAGGUUAUUAGAUGUUGCAAGAAAGAGAGCACUAAAAAUAAGGGUGUUUGAAAUUUCUUACUCCACUACAACAAACAUGUGUCCACCGCCUGAAAAAAUAAAAACCAAAGGAGUGAAGAGAAAAGGGAAGAAAUAUGUGGGAUAUGAUGUUUAUCGUGAUCCUUCAUAUCAUGAGUAUGUUUAUCAAGCACAGCAGUUCUCAAAAAUCUUCAAAGAGGCCAUGUUCACAGUUAUCCUAAACCUCAAAGAAGAAACCAUCUAA